AUGGACUAUUUUUACAAACCACAUCGUACUACUCCCCAUGAUACUUAUGAUUCACCCUCGCCCGCACUCCCACCCGUGAUGGAAGAACGCAAGACAGGUUGGGUACGAAUCCAGUUCAAGAAAACGAAGCCUAUCGAGACGCCACUACCAGACGCCACUACCAGACAAGUCUAUAGAGAUGAGACGACAGUAGAGGAACAGCUUUUUGGACUAGUAAAACUUGACUGA